UUUGUGUCUCUAACGCUUUUUCCUAGUUACUGUUCCCCUGUUCUUGUUGCUUUCGCAUUGUUGUACUUCUCUGUUUUGUUGGGUUCUCUUAGAAUUUCAACUACCCUUUGAAGAACAUGUCUCAACUCUUGUUUAAACAAAGGUUUUUGGUGUGUAGCUCAAGAGUUUGAAGGGACUGUAAAUGUAUGAAUUGAAGACUUAGGGAAAACUUCACGUCUGAUCUGAGUCCGAAGACUGUUGUUCCGUGUCUUAAAGCGAUAUCGGAAGGGGAAAACCAUGUUGUAAUGCUCGGUUGAAGCGAUUCUACAUAUCGAAGCUCCGAAGAGGUAAGGAAAAUGAAAAGUACAAGCACUGUCAAGGGGAGGAGAAAAAUUGAAUUAUCUUGUGGUAGUGACACUUCUUUUUCCUUCAGAAUUGUUGAUUCUCUUUGUAAUUCAGAAGAGGAAAGCUUGCCACGAGGAAGAGAUCUGGUGAUGUAUGUCGGCUCGAACUUGAACUUAGCAUCCUCUAGCAGCCCGUAUUUGGAAUCAUGUUCAUCAGAUGAUUUCAUUGAAUUCUGUCUAAGUUCAGAUAACAAGAUGGACAUUAGUUUCGGAUUUAAACCCGACGAUGACGCAGCUUAUAAUCCGCACAAACCGCUUGAAGGUGACUCAUUCUCCAGGACCAGCUCAAGGGCUAACUUUAGUCCCAUUAGAAAAAUGUUGGAUCCAUUGGUGAAAUCAAAGUCUCCACCGAGUCCUUUGGGUUAUCUCACGGUCACGGAUGCUGACAAUGUUGAUACUAGUGUGAUGGGAAAUACGAGAAGAAAUAAGACAUGUCGGAAAUCUUUGUUACAUGACUUCUCGCAUAAUGCUGAAUCGGAUUUCGCCUUUUUCGAGAAAGACAACGUUCACUCACCGAUUCACCUACAUGGUUGUCUUAAGUUGGGAGCUAAACAUGGGGUACCAUUUUUCGAGUUCUCAAUGAAUGAACCAGGAGAUGUUUUUCUAGCCAAAACAUUGAAGGCAAAUAAUGGUUUCAAUUGGGUGUAUACCUUUCACUCUGUUGGCAAUAAAAAGAAAACCAAUGCUGGUAUAUCGGGACCAAGUGAUAAUAGUAGCAAAGAUGCUGCUUCAAUUAUCGCGCAGAUGCAAGUUUCGAGCCGUUUAUGCUCAGAAAUGAUGGAGGGUGGGGAGGUUGACAACUCCGUGGUUACGGAGUUUGUUUUGUAUGAUAUCGCACGUGCAAAACAACGUGUUACUGUCCUUGGAUCCACUGAUGUUCAUAAAGCCCCUGCCUGCUCUAAUGUGGUGACGCUUAAAGAUCAUUUAAACCAUGCUUGUGACAGUGAUGAGGUUGAAUUCAUAAAUGGACCACCUGCCAAAUUGCAUCCUAACCUUGAAAUAGCAGCCAUAGUCAUUCAAGUACCAUUUAAGAAUAGAGAGAGCUUAAAAUACAGAAGAGGAGAUAAAAUUGAUGAUAGGAACCACUCAAACCUACUCAAUGUCUCUAUGACUGAAGAAAGCAAAAGCACGAUACAAGACAGCAGGAGCAAAGAGAAGGUGAAGGUCGUUAUUCCAACCGGAAACCACGGCUUUCCCUGUGCUGGGACUCGGGGUCCUUCAUCACUACUUGAUAGGUGGAGGUUUGGUGGAGGCUGUGAUUGUGGUGGCUGGGACAUGGCUUGUCCCCUUGUUGUUUUUGACAAUACUGGUCUAAAUUGUUUCGAAGAUCGACCACUAGUGGAUAAUGAACAGCCUUUUCAACUUUUUCAUCAGGGUGCCAAAGAGAAUACACCGGCGUUGACCAUGAUGGCCAUUGAAGGAGGGUAUGCAAUCGAUUUUCAUGCGAAGUUAUCCGCAUUACAAGCGUUUUCCAUUUGCGUUGCAGUACUACAUUGUACAGAAACCUCUGCUGCUGCUACUGGGGAGAUAGAAAGCAAACAUUCAUCACAAUACAAUUCCUUAAAAAUGCUUAUCGAGGAGGAAGUGAAAUCGUUAAUAAAAGCGGUCACAGAGGAGGAGACGAAGAAUAAGAAGAAAAAGAAAGUCAGCAAGAAGGUAGAAGCUAUCCCACCAUCCUAUGUGAUUAACCCUCCUUUCUCUCCAAUCGCUCGUGUCUAAGCCCGAAAUAAUGCCUUUUUGAAUCGAAACUGGCCUAUUGAUCCUUCUCCAAGCAUUCUGCCAUGUUCAGACUAAGAGCAGCACUGAUCCACGGUAAAUACAAAACGUCUUAUCUUGCACGAAUCGAUGGUUACAUCACUUGAGCAAGAACUUCACUGCACUACCAAUUCGUUCUAUGAUAGAAACACCAUAACGUUCAUAUUGUAACUUUGGUAGCAAGGCAAAAUUAGUGAUGUAGCUAUUGAGACUCUGAGGUAAUGGUCUAUCAUAGAAAAAUUUACCUAAAAGUACUCGUUUAGUCAUUUUACUAUGUUUUUAGAGCCAACAUCGUUCAUAAAGAAAAAGAAAGUGUUGUACAUCCUUAAUAAUAUUAGUCCAUUUUAUCCA